CUUCGUUUUGUGAUAAUAGAUCGGGUUCGAGAGCCAAGAUCAUGUGACAGUCCUGUGUGGGUGACGUUUGGAAAAAUAUGUUGAAUAAAACUUGUCCCAUCCAAAGUUCAAAAUGACAGAAUCCACAAUUGCCAACUCGCAAGAGUACCAAAGUUUUCGUAGCUCAGUGCCUCUGAAAACUUAUAUUGUUGAUGAUGAUGAAAGUAAGGAAUGGAAGUUAUAUGACGCUGGGCCCAAACAAGUCAAGUGUCCUUUGGUUUGCUUCCCCCCAGCCAGUGGAACAGCUGAUGUCUUCUAUAAACAAGUUCUGGCACUUUCAGCUGUUGGAUUUAGGGUUAUAUCUGUUGAGUACCCAGUGUACUGGACAAUGAGGGAGUUUUGUGAAGGGUUCAGAAAACUUUUAGACCAUUUGCAACUAGACAAGAUUCAUAUAUUUGGAACUUCAUUAGGGGGAUUUCUUGCCCAGAAGUUUGCAGAGUAUACACAUCGGUCUCCAAGAGUUGUCUCCCUUAUUUUGUGCAAUGCCUUCUAUGACACAACCAUUUUCAAUCAAACAAAUUCAGCUCCAACGUUUUGGAUGAUGCCAGCUUUGGUUCUCAAGAAAAUGGUGAUGGGAAAUUUUGAUAGAGGCUUCAACGACAGUGAUAUCUGUGACUCCAUCGAUUUUCUAGUUGAAAGACUUGAUGGCUUGAGUCAGUCUGAACUAGCCUCAAGGUUAACCCUAAAUUGUAUGAACUGUUAUGUUGAACCUCAAAAGCUCCAAGGAGUAGAUGUGACCAUUAUGGAUGUAUUUGAUGAUUGUGCAUUGUCUUAUGCUGUAAGAGAAGAAAUGUAUAAAUGUUACCCAGAUGCCAAGCGUGCUCAUCUUAAGUCAGGUGGAAACUUUCCAUAUCUGAGUAGGAGUGCGGAAGUUAAUAUAUUCAUUCAGAUUCAUCUAAAGAAGUACGAUGGAACAGGUGAAAGUGCAAAGCAGAAUACAGAAACAGAAAUACGGCUUUGUGUUUUAAAGGAAAGUAAGUUCCGGUUUUUUUGUUUUCCUUGGUUGCAGACACUUUUCAUCCAUCUCCUCCUUAAAUCGAGUUGGAGAAAAGCAGAAUGCAUAGCAAUGAGCAGUUGCUGUCGAAAUGGAAGGUCAAGGAAAAUAGGCCCAGGAAGUGAUAGCAAUAAUGGUAUCAUUGAAAUCAGACCUAAAAGACAUUUAAGAAUUCAACAUUUAAAUGCUAGACCAAGGGACAGUGCUCUAGAGGAGGAACUUCAGUUGUUUCUAAGAAAUCAUAAUAUUUCACAUAAUGGAAGACUCAGAUCUGAUGCUAGUAAGAAGAUUCCAAGGAAAUCUGAUAAAGCUGGCCCCACAAAUGAGCACAUUGAAACAAACCACCCUCAUAUGGCAAAGAGUCCGGAAGAAAAAAACAUUUCAAGUCGUCCAUCAUCAUUCACUGCAAAUUUAACCUAUGACACAGAUCCUUCUAGACCUUCACACUCAAGAAGUUCUGUUGGAGGGGAGACUAUUACAUCAUCCUCAAAUGUAGAGGUUUCCAUGAAUCCAAGGGGCAAUGAAGAUGGUUUUAUGUCGGAAAUUGAAGAAAAAGACAAAUUAUCUCUUGCCACUUCUCGAUCUUUAAAAAGUGCCAUUUCUGAAUCUGUUAAAAAUGUUGAAACAGGAACAAUUAAAAAUAAUCCUGCUAAGCCGGAUCCUGGAGUUGUGUUAUUUUUUAUCCAUGGAGUAGGAGGUUCUUCUGACAUAUGGAAGCCACAGAUGGACUACUUUGCCGGGUUAGGAUAUGAAAUAGUUUGUCCUGAUAUGAUCGGGCAUGGUUUAAGUUAUGCACCUGAUAAUAAAAAGAGCUACCACUUUAAGGAGAUUUUACGUGACAUGGAGGCGAUGUUUGAUAUGUAUUGUAAAAGAAGCAAUAUUAUCAUAGGCCAUUCAUAUGGAUGUGCUUUUGCCACAGUAUUAGCCAGACAGAGAGCAAAACGUGUGACCAAACUGAUUUUGGUCAGUGGUGGAGGGCCUGUUCCUCUGGCCCCACAGCCUGGCGUUUUCUCCUUGCCCCUGUGCAUGUUAGCAUGUAUGAAGCCAUGCAUAACUUGUCUAUUCACAAGAGGUGCUUUCUACAACAACCCUAAACUGUCAGUGGAUAAAGAGAAAGCCUUUGACAUCCCCUCAUAUGUGCUGGAUUAUAUCAUGAAUGGACAAUGGUGGCUAGAUGGAGAUGAUUUGUAUCACAGUUGUAUAAGCAUGCCCACCUUGCUUAUCUGGGGCAGGCAUGAUAAAUUUGUUUCUCUGGCAGAGGAGGAAGCUAUGAACAAGAUUAUUGUGAAUUGCCAACUGGAGAUAGUUGAGGAAACCGGUCAUAUGGUAAUGAUGGAAGCACCCGAUCAUUUCAAUAGCAUACUAAGUCUUUUUAUAACCCGGGGUAUAACAAAACCCUCUGCAAACUAUCGAGAUGAAGAGGAAGAUAAGUCCAAUAAUUCUCCUGGCGAUGCUACUUUUCGGUCAGAAAAGGACAAGACCACAAGGACGAACAGUCCAUGGUUUUCACCAAGGAAGAAACGGCCAGACAGUAGCAAGAGUAGCAAGUCCAUAAGCUCAAUCAAGUCCAGUAAAUCUCGCAAGUCCAUGCCUAAGGGAGUGCUCACACACAGUUUGCUGUGAGCUCUUAAAUCAUGUUUCACUCGCCGUGAGUUGAAAUUUUUGCAAUUAUAAAUUUUUUGAUUGAAUCACUUGUAUUUGCUUUGCCUGUGAUUAUACUUUUAAAAGGGUUAUGCAGUUAUUUUUACACAUUCAAUUCAGAAUCAUGUGAUAUUUAACUUAACAAUCAACUGUCUCAGUCUUUCCCAUGACAGGUUAUUGCAAUCUUUGUGUUGUAACCAUGAUUGUAUAUGUUACAUGUUAAGUAUUGCAGCUAGUUUUUGUUCACCUAUGAAAAUACCUAUACAUGUAAUGUUACCCUUAUAGAUCUGAAAAAACCUGUUAAAUCAAUACAUUGAUUGAAUUAUAUGUAGCUAGGUAAUUUCAAAAUAUUGAAAAGAAAUAUUUUUUUGCUUCCCCUUAAAUUAUAUACAUAUUGUAUGUUGACAAAAAUGAAAUCUGGGUUAAUUAUCUUUUCAGAAUUGAAAAAUUGAAAAUGACCUUCCAUAUCAUGUAUAUUUGAUUAAAUCCUCAUGUAUUUGAAUAAAUGUAUUUUAUUCUUCAUUCAAGAUCAUCAUGUAAAGUUACAUGCAAUGUUUUCUUUCUUUUUUUUAUAAGGUUAUAAUUCUAUUAUCAUGUAUGUUGUUAUUGCACGUUUUUUGAAAGAAAAAAAAAUCCAUGUUCAUAUUGUGUGAAUUGUUCAGUACAAUGCAUGACUUGAGAAUGCAUGAUCACUGAGUAUAUAUUUAAUUAAAGAAGAUCAAUGAAUUAAAAUUAUAGAGAAAUGGAUGCAAGCUUUUCAAUCAAUUUGGUGACUGUGAUAGUAGUGACAAUGGAAUAUACAUUUUCCUCUGUUAAUCGGAGAAUGCACUUGAUUCCUGUCUUCAUACAAUAUGUUUUUUCUGAUGUUAAUUUGUCCAUGACUAAAAUAAGUUACUUUUAAUUUGUUUCAGAAUUUUAAGGAUUUUCUCUUUUGAUUUUGAAUUUGUUGCAAAGUGGCUUAAUUGAUAGCACUUGAAUUUCUUUCUCAAAUCUGCAGAAAUUGACUUGAUUAUGAACGAUACCAUGGAGCAUAGGCAUACACAGUACAUGUUUGUAUAUACAUUAAAUAGGCAAAAAUAAGCUUUUUUAUUUAUAAAUUAAAGACAUGAUUUUCAAAAUUUAUUUUAGAAAAUAUGAACAAAAUCUUCAGGUGGAUUUGAGAAUGGGAUUUACUGUUCACAAGCCAGGUACACUGACCCCUGAGAUAUGAUGAUACAUGUAUUAAUUCAAACUUAAAAAGUACAAGCCAUAACUUUAGUAAGCUAAGUUAAAUAUCAACAUUUGAAAUGUUUUUUGAGUCUGUCCAUUCUUUACUCUCAAAUUUUGGUCUAAAAGUUGAAUUGUUUAAAUUUCUUGUUUAUGUUUUUAGAUGAAAACUUAAGUAUAAAUUUCAUAUAUGUUCAUUCUUACUUCCAACUUUCAUCUGUAAGAAAAACAUUUCUUUCAUGAAAUGGCUUAAAAAUAACUCUAUUUUAUAUAAGAAUUUAUUGUAAUAGUAACUUACAUGUGAUAACAUAUGGUUGUGCUGGAUUUCUUGCAAUCUAUUCUUAAAAAAUGUACUUAUUUGUUAUAUUAUUGUUAUGCAUUUACAUAUAACUGUAUUAUUAUCAGUCACGAAGUCUGCAAAAUUUUAAUUGUAAAACAGUUUAACACUAGUCUACCGUUAUAAAAGAGUAUUUUUACAAAUUAUGUACAUUAUUUGUACCACACAUUUGUUCAACAAACUAAUUUUUUGCAAGCACUCGUCUGUUAUUUCUUAAUCAUUUCUUCUAUGUCGUUAAUAAAAAUGAA